GUAAAAUGACUCUUAUUAAAUCAAUACUACUUCUGAAAAUGAUUACACUAUCAUUGCAAAAUGUGAAAGAAGUGCAUACAACAUGUCCAUUUCAUGAUUUAUUUGCUGGUAACGCUGCUGGUGCUCCACCACCAACCACACCACCCUCAGGAGCAGAUUUUUGCAAUCUGGGACCAACAACAUGUGAGGACUCUAAAUACCGAACUAUAGAUGGAUCUUGCAACAAUUUGGCCAAUCCACUUCUUGGCAUGGCCAAUUACAAAUUCGCACGAUUAUUACCAGCAAAGUAUAGCGAUGGAAUUCAUCAACCAACUGGCUCACUUGCCGGUGGACCAUUACCGAAUGCAAGAUCUAUAUCGUUAUCGUUAUUCGGCGAACGAGACGUUCCAGAUCCAGAUUUUACACUCAUGAAUAUGCAAUGGGGUCAAAUAGUUGCUGGUGAUUUCAGUCGGAUGGGAAAUGGUUCUUCAUCAAAUCGUUACGUCCCUUGCUGUUCCCUUGAUUUUCGCUACCUCGAAAGAAAUCCCGAAAUUUGUUUCAAUCUUGACAUUCCACCAGAAGAUCGAAUCAAUUUACAACAUGGAAUUGAGUGUAUGGAAUUCAUUAGAACAUUAACCGAUGAAGGUACAAAUUGUGACUACAAUGGCGGACCAGUAGAACAAUUGAAUGCAGUUACUAGUUACAUGGACUUGUCGAUAUUAUACGGUAACACAAUUUCGACAAGUCGUAGCUUGCGUUCUUUCCAGAGAGGUCGACUGAAUGUCGAAGAACGAAAUGGCAACGAAUGGUUGACAAAGAAUCCAUUGCCAACCAUUUUCUGUAAUGUUGAUGAUGAAAAUGAAAUUUGUUAUGCUGGUGGUGAUAUUCGAGUGAAUUCAUCGCCGGGUGUUACCAUUUUGGCAACAAUGUUUCUUCGUGAACACAAUCGUUUAGCUGGUGAAUUGGAAAAAUUGAAUCCACAUUGGACGGAUGAAGUGUUGUUUCAGGAAGCUCGAAGAAUUAUUACGGCACAAUUUCAACACAUAACCUAUUACGAAUUGUUGCCAAUCUUUUUGGGUCGGGAUAAUAUGCUGAGAAAUAGGUUGAUCUAUGAUGUGCCUGAGGAUUGUCAUGUCAAUGAUUAUGAUCCUUAUGUUGAUGCAACUACUUUAAAUGAAUUUGCUACUGCCGCUUUCAGACACUUCCAUUCACAAUGUGAGGGUCGUUUGGAUUUGAUCUCGGAGUUGAGAAAUGUUAAUGGUUCGGUUCUUCUACGUGAUUGGUUCAAUAAACCUGAACUUAUUGAAAUUGGUGAUAAUUUCGAUUCGCUUUCAAGAGGAAUGGGAUCGCAACCACAACAGCUAACUGAUAUCAAUAUUGAUGUAGAGGUCAAACAUUUUUUGUUGCGAAACAACAAACCAUUCGGUUUGGAUCUUCGUGCAAUCGAUACUCAUCGUGGUCGCGAUCAUGGUUUAGCUUCCUACAACGACUUUAGAGAAUUUUGUGGAAUCAGGAGGGCUAACACUUGGGAAGAUUUUUUAGAUCUCAUAAAUCCUUAUAGCGUUGAGGGUCUAAAAGCUUUUUAUAACAGUCCUGAAGAUGUUGAUUUAAGUGUUGGUGGAUCAUUAGAGGAUCCUGUACCUGGAACAUUAGCUGGCCCAACAUUUUUAUGCAUUUUAAUUGAACAAUAUUAUCGAACUCGAGUUGGUGAUCGGUUCUUUUAUGAGAAUGAUAAUCCUAGGACAGGAUUUACAAAAGAGCAACUAAGAGAGAUUCGCAAAGCAAGUGCGGCUAGAAUAAUGUGUGAUAAUGGAAAUAAUAUUCAAACAAUGCAGCGCAGUGCUUUCAUAACUGUUUCAAAAACAAAUCCAAUUGUGUCGUGUGAAGAGCUCCCGAAACUUGACUUAUCAAAAUGGAUUGAUAGAUCUCAAACAAAGUCUAACUAAUUGCGACUAAUUACGAUAAUAC